CUAACUACUGGCUAAAUCUAAUAGCUGAUCAUAAAUGCUCGAUAGGGUCAUCCCUCUGGUUAUGCUCUGGUUAAGUCUGACCGAUUUACUGUUUUUCUCUUUCACAAAUUUCAUUUCUUUAAUAAUUGUCAAUAAGACUUCAUGACGUUGUUUAGCCAUCUCCGUAUUAACAAAGCUUUUUAGAGUAGGAGGGAUGAAUUAGUUUCUAGCAAUAACGUCAUAGUGAAAAAGACGUGUCUGAUCCUAGAACGACACACUUGCUCACAGCUAGUGUGAAAAAUAGAAAAUUGAACUACUUCAGAGUGACCAUUGUGGGGACAGUCUGAAGAACCCAGGCCAAUAUCAAAAAAGUCUAUCAAAAAAAGAGGAGGCUAUUCCUGGAAGAGUGAAAUAAUGACACGGUGGGCCAGAGCUAACAAUGUUCAUAAACACAAACCAACAGAGGCUACACCAUGGAGCCAACUAAGGGCAGGUAAACCUGGAAGGAUCAAAGAAAUUGACACAAGAACAAGAAGAGGCAGUUCUUCAGGUCCACUUGCCUGGGAUUGUGCCUCACGUAGUCCACGGCACAUUCAGCCAUGCCCUGGUAGAAAGAGGGCUAACAAUGAAAGAGAACAUGAUGUGAAUGGGUUUAUGGAUUAUUUGAAACAGACACAGCAGACACAGCAGUCACUAACCCUAGGACCACGUAAAGGAGCCUCUUUGGGAGGUGACGUUGCCACAGCAAUCAAAAAAGACAAAAGAAGCGGAAUCCGGAGGGUUAAGAGACAGAAUGCUAAAAAGAAAAAUAUGGUGUGCUUUUACUGUAGAAAGCCUGGCCAUGGACUGGCCAAUUGCCCAGAGGCUGAUAAUGAUGAAGAGUUGGGCAGAGGGAUCUGCUAUCGUUGUGGCUCUACAGAGCAUGAGAUCCAGACGUGUAGAGCUAAAGUGGACCCUGCUUUAGGUGAUUAUGCCAAUGCCAAAUGUUUUAUUUGUGGCCAAACUGGUCACCUAUCCAAAUCCUGCCCUGAUAACCCAAAAGGACUGUAUGCUGCAGGGGGCUGCUGUCGUGUAUGUGGUUCAGUGGAGCACUUCCAGAAGGACUGCCCAGAGCACCAGACCUCAGCAAAUUCCAUCACCCUUAGCCGCCUGUCCAAUCAGAUGAGUGCUGAUCAGGAGGACAUUUGUGUUUCUGUGAAGAAGUUGCCACCCAAGAAGACUAAGGUUGUGGUCUUCUGAGCUAAGCCUACCAAAAUGUUGGUUAUUGAUGUUUGUUUUCAAAGAAAAAAACAGAGUUAGGGUAAAUUUCAAUAUUCUGCUCUUAGUGUGCCUGAGAUUAAAUUCUUUGUAUUACAAGUUGCAGUAUAUGUUGCAAAAAAUAACAAUUGUAAAUCAUCAAUAUGAUGUAUAGCAACCAUGCUUCAAAUAAACAUUCUACACAAAAAAUCACACACACUUUAA